AUGUACACAGACGGCUCUCCCGACAACAGCCUUCAUUCAUUGAUAGCAAAGCUACGCGGAUUUCUAGAUCAAAAACAGGGAGAUGAUGCCGUUUCUAUGCUGUCGGGUAUGACAACGUAUGAGGACGACGAUAAGGAAGUCUGGCGAGAGCUUCGCAGGGAUCUCAUCGGCUCGGGACUUCGAAGUUCCGAUAUUCGCAAAUACUCUCAUGAACUCAAGGAUUAUUUGCACAAUCUGAGGCGAGAGAAAGAUGGAGUGUUAUUUACACCAAGGGAACAAACCUUUCGAACAUACGCUCAACCGGAACCUACAAAUAUACAACCGGAAAACUCCAACUCGCCAGAAGGACUCCCCAGGAUCAAUGAGAAUGCUGAUUGGAGUUAUCAUACCUCCGAGGUCGGUGACCGUUAUAUCCGAAGAGGGCAAAAUGGCCAUGACGAUGAUGCCUGGAGCUCAAUGGCGACGUACGGCCCGGUCAAUGAUUCAUGGAGCUCAGCAGCGACGGUGCGCACACGGGACUGGCUCCAAACACAGGAAUCAAGGUCUCAAGACCCUACCCACAUAAGCGAUAACGCAAAAAACACCAAUAGAGAGCCCCGUCAUCCUCCAAAAUCUCACCCAAAUAGACCAGAUACUAGGAGAUCUCUCCCCAUCCCACCACCGAAAGAAGCACUUAAACCCGAGGGGCCAGCUGAAUACUACAAUUACAACGUUCCUUAUCCCCAGGCCUAUAUGCCGCCUCCUUAUCAGUAUUUUCACUCUCCGCAUCCUCCAGGUCCAUUUCCAUUUCCUCAAUAUCCUCUUCCAAAUCCAUACUAUUCGUUCGGACCUGGUGUCGGGGUUGACUACUACCAACACACACCUAACCCCAACAUUUACCCGGGAGCCCCACCGGAGGGAUAUACGCACGCCAAUGCUUUUCCGGGUGUGAAUACGACGACGCCCGCUUUCCCGAAUAAUACCCCAUUCGUAGAAAGCAUGGUGCCCCCAUUUCCCAACCCCCAAUAUUACCAACCGAGACAGCCCGCUCCCCCGAUAACGGAAUAUCAACAGAGACCACCAAGCUCAACUUCGUUCCCGGGUGAGCAGGUUGGGGAGGGAGGUUUGCCUAUCUGGGAAGAUCCUCAAACUCAGACUCCGCAAACUACGCAGGAGUUAUCACCGGAUGAGACAUUGCUUCCCAAAAAUCAAAGAUUGCAAAUCGAGUGGAAGUCCUUACAAAAAUGGGAAUUACUCGCCACUAUCGAGUUCGAGUCCAGAUUAUGCGUUCUUCCAGAAGGGUGGGUCAGGCGCUCUUAUAGAAACCAUGUAUUCUAUUUGGAUACAUACGCGCAGGGAAAGGAGAAACGAUGUUUCUGGCUUCCGCCGACGGAGGAAGAUGAUUCUGUUUACGAAUUACCCGGAUGGGAAAAGAUAUCCAAUACCUUUGGUCGUAUCUCCUGGCUACACCGAGAUUCCCAGGUGGUGUCAUAUUCAUUCCCUGGAGACUGCAAUCAGUUCAAGUAUACAGCUAGCGGUGAUCUCUAUGUGCAGCAAUACGGUGUGCGAUAUGAGAGUAAAAAUGAUUUCCGUGAUUUGAAACUAAACGAUAUUGGUGUUUCUUGCCAGUUGACACACCAAGUAUGGAAGGCUGGUGGGUCAACACAUCAGGUUUGGAACAACGGUUUAGGAUGUCAGAACCAGAUUUCCGGCAAGAAAGACCCGCGCACAGUCGAUCUCAUGGGAACAGUGCAUGGAAAUUUGUCUUCUAACUACAAAAAGGCAACAGUUGAGGAUGUUCCCGAUGAUUGUGAUCUAACUACAGGUUAG